AAAAUAAAAGGAGUAGUUGAAGGCUGUGGCUCACAUUAUUCGUCACCUCCAAUAUCUAUCUAUCUAGCUACUGCUCCUUCCUCCAGUAGUCCUGUUAGAGCUAGAAAUUAUGUCAGAGACAAAGCCAAAGCCUCUCGAGCUGCCAUGGACAGUGAGGAUCUUCAUAUCCGCCCUCUCCUUCGCGACGGACGUGUCACGCCGCUCCGAUGGAAGCGUCAAUCGUUUCAUCAUGAGCUUCUUUGACUCCAAGUCCUCCCCUUCCUCCAAACCUGUCAAAGGCGUCAAGACCUCCGAUAUAGUCGUUGACGAUGCCCGCAACCUCUGGUUCCGUCUUUUUGUCCCAACACCAUCCGCAUCCACAUCCACAUCCACUGUUGGUGAUAUUAGCAUGCCCGUCAUCUUCUACUUCCACGGUGGGGCAUUCGUCUUCCUUGGAGCCAACUCCAAACCCUACGACGAUUUCUGCCGACGACUGGCCAGAGAACUACAGGCCAUCAUCAUAUCCGUCAACUACCGCCUCGCACCGGAGACUAGGUAUCCAGGCCAAAUGGAAGACGGUUUCGACGCAUUGAAGUUCGUAGACGAAAUCAAAAGCUCCGAUGGCCUGCUGCCUCCCAACGCCGACCUCAAACAGUGCUUCAUCGCAGGGGAUAGCGCCGGAGGAAACUUGGCGCACCACGUGGCUCAUAAAGCCAGCGAGUACAACUUCAGGAACAUCGACAUCAGAGGCGUCAUUCUGAUACAACCGUUCAUAGGUGGAGAAGAAAGGGUGGAAUCGGAGACGAAGCUGGCGGGAGCGCCGUUUGUGACGGUGGAGCGCACGGACUGGAUGUGGAAGGCGUAUCUGCCGGAGGGAUCGAACCGGGAUCACCAGGCUUCAAAUGUGUUUGGGCCGAAUGCAGUUGAUAUUUCGGAGGUGAAGUUCCCGGCGACGAUGGUGUUUGUUGGAGGGUAUGAUCCACUAAUUGACUGGCAAAAGAAGUACUAUGAGGGGUUGAAACGGCACGGGAAGGAGGCGUAUUUGGUCGAGUACCCAAACGCCGUUCAUUCCUUUUAUAUAUUCCCUCAAUUGCCCGAGUCGUCUUUGUUCAUUGAAGAGCUAAGGGACUUCAUGCGGAAGCAAUCCACACCCUAAUUACAGUAGUUUUUCUUAACACAUCAAGCUUAAUUAAUUUUAAGAAAAAUGACCACUUUGUUCUUGCACUCCAGCUUCGUGAAUUUCGAAUUCUCAUCAUUUGAUGUUUUUUUAAUCGAAUAAUUAGUCUAUUACUAUUAUUUGCACUCUAA